AUGUCUCAAGACACGACAGCAGAACACGAUCUCGUCACCACGGCAGCGGCGGCGGCGGCGGCAUCCGCGGCGCGACAGAUUGGAAGAUGCGGUGCCACCACCGGCCCUUCUGCCGAGGACUGGGAGGCCAAAAGGGCCGUCAUCACCGAUCUUUACAAGAAAAUGAAGUUGACUGAGCUGGAUAUCUUCAUGAGGAGAGAACAUAAUUUCCAUGCCAGCUGCCCCCGGGGACCGUUUCACAACCCCAUAGUUGUUCGUCUUCGGCCCACUGAUGUGUCUCUCCGCCUCAGCAAGCGCAUGUACAACCAGCGGUUUAAGCAAUGGGGGUGCACAAAGUAUAUCAAGUUUUCCGAAAAGGAAGAUCUAUUGAAAGAGUGCGGCGGCAGCGUGAGGGAACUCACCGCCCGGUAUAGAGCGGGCAAGAUCAUGAAGCCGCAAUACGAAAAGACGCUGCGAUAUAUCAGGUCGAAACAGGCGGUCGAGCCCCCGACACCGUACAUCAUGGAGAUGAAGACGCCAGACAAUAGCACCGACCUCAUCCUCCGGACCCUGCGGGACUAUCACCACGCACUGGCGGAUCCUGCUUCAAAAAUGCACAUUCCAAGCGAUGACCGGGCUCUGAACCUAAACUCCUCCAAGGAAUCCGACGACCUAUGGUUCGGCAUCCUGGUGGGCGUAAAGACCCUCCUCCGGAGCACGGGGGAUAGCCCAAAAGCGCCAUCAUCCAACCAUAUUUCGGCAACGUGGGAUUUGAACCAGACCUUUGCCAUGCUGCGGCGAGUUGGCUUCCUCACGGCCCCGGCCAUGCUGGAGCGGCCUCUGGACUUUGUGUACGAAGUCUUGAUAGAGAUGACGGCGCUGCAAGGCAAGAACUGGCCCGAGCUGCGCCACGCCAUUCUCCGGCUCUUUAACCAGGAGGCCAGCCGCAUCUUUGGGCCGUCGCACCCCGUGGCCGUCAUCUGCCGCGAGAUGCUCCAGGACACGGACCAGUCGGGCGUGACGUUCAAGAGCCUCGGCUGCAUCCGCGACCUCGUCGUGCAGCUCUGGAGCCCCGACCACACCAUGUCCUUCAAGGCGCAGAUGGCGGUGCAAAAGGCCCUGCUCAAGGUCCGGGACCUGGGCCCUGCGAUACAGAUUGGCACGCAGCUUUUCGUGUCGAGCCGCCAGAAAUGGGGCGACACGUCGCAGCAGGCUCGCAUGGCCGCGCAGCGCCUGGGCCAGCUGUACACGGUUAUGAACGAAAUGGCCAUGGCCAAGGGCGAGCCCGACUGGGCAGCCGUCGAAAGCGCGCUUGGGUGGUACAACGACGUGAUACGGCUGUCCCCAAUGGCCCCUGGUCGUGACGCGAGGAGGACGGGAUUUAUAGAGGACGAGACGACACUGUCGACAAUGGGCGACAUGACAUACAUUAACAAUAGGAUUGGCAAGGAUGCCGAGGCUCUGGCGUGGUAUCAAAAAGCGGCCGAGAUGAGCCGUCGGAUAUGCAAUCCAGGAUCUACCAUCAUGAGAGCAUGUAUCAGCAUGCUGAUCAAUAAGCAGAAGGAGAUGAAACGGUUUGAUCAAGCUGCUGCUUGGGAUGCAAUUUUGAGCCAGAUGGAGGCUACUAGUUCCAACGAAAGCGUGAAUUCAUGA